AUGUUAGUUUUGAGAAAGCUUUAUAGAGAGAGUGAUGUGAAAUGCAAGAGUGAGCUUCGCGUUAAUAGAAGAACUUUCAAUAUUAUUUGUGAGAUGCUUAGAGACAUUGGAGGUUUGAGUGGAACAAAACACAUGUCGUUUCAAGAGAUCGUAGCUAUGUUUUUAUACACGUUAGCUCACCAUAAGAAGAAUAGGUCUAUUGGACAAUAUUUCUUUAGAAGUGGAGAAACCAAUUGUUUAGGGGCAUUAGAUGGGACUUACAUUAAUGUAAAUGUGCCUUCACAAGAACGACCAAAGAUGAAGGCUAGCAAUCGAGGAAGAAGUAAAAAUAAAAGGUAUUGGACGUAUGAAGAAGAUGUUGUUCUAAUAAGAUAUUUACAUGAGUUGAGUUGCGAUCCGAAGUGGAAGUGUGAGAAUGGGUUUAAGAAUGGUUACAUGAGUAAGUUGGAAGAGAUGAUCAAUGGUGUACUUCCUAAUUGUGGCUUAAGAGCGGUUCCCCUCAUUGAGUCGAGGAUCAAGCAUUGGUCGGAGAAAUAUAGUGCAUUUGCAGAAAUGCUAUCCACCUCAAGAUUUGGAUGGGAUGCUGAAAAGAAAUUGUUGCAAGUAGACAAGGCCGUGUACGAUGAAUGGGUGAAGACUCAUAAGAAAGCUAAAGGGUUGUUUGAAGUUCCAUUCAUUCACUAUGAAACUCUUGCGGAGAUAUACGCAAAAGACAAAACUACCGGAGAUGCAACUGAGUCGUUUGUUGAUGCUAUAGAAGAAAUGGAUCAAGAGAUUGAUAAGCAACCAUUCAAUGUCGAGAGUGAUGAAAAAGAUGAUGUGAAUUCUACUCAUUCGGACACUUUUCUUCUACAAGUCAUUCCGGAAAAUGCCCCAUGA